AAUUCCCUUGUAGACCGCGAGACAUCAUCACUCGCCGACCCAACGCGCGUCGCUCUGGUUGGCUCGCACUUCCGUCCGUAAUCGUGUGUCCGUAACCGUAACCGUAACCGUAUAUCCGUAUUUCCUCACCCCUCGCGGACAUGGACACCACGGCUGCCAUGGUGGCGCACAUGGCUCCUGACAAGGACACCAGUGCCGAGCAACUGGCCGCGCUGAUAGACAGCCAUUUGGGUGAUCUGCGCGAGGAGGAGCCCAACUGGACCAUUAACUCCUCAAAGGUGGCCGGCCGGGGGGUGUUCGCCACCCGGAACAUUGCCGCCGGCGAGCUGAUCUUCCGGGAACGGGCGCUCGUCACCGGACCCACAGCCCGCAAGGGGCAGCUCAGUUCGUGCGUCUGCUGCCACCAGAUGCUGCCACAGAGUGGCUUCCUGUGUCGCCACCGCUGCACCUUGCCCGUCUGUGCCGCCUGCUCGGAUGCGGAAAUCCAUCGCGCCGAAUGCGAACAUUUCCGGCGCUGGCAGCCCAAGGACGCGGACGAGGAACUAGAGCAAGUGAAUCCGCUCUCCCUCAGGAUCCUGACAGCGGUGCGGGUCUUCCACCUGGCCAAGGAGCCGCGCCAUCUGGUGGACGCCAUGCAGGCGAAUGCGGAGCGCGGCUACCGCCAGGAGAUCAUCAAGGCGGCCCAGUGUUUCCGCAACUUUCCCACCACGGAUCGAAAUUUCAUGGAUCAGCUAUUCCGAAUCGUGGGUGUCCUUAACACGAACGCCUUUGAGGCACCUUGCCGUUCUGGCGGCCAUGAGGUCCUCCUUCGUGGACUCUUCCCGCUGACGGCGAUCAUGAAUCACGAGUGCACUCCCAAUGCCAGUCACUACUUCGAUAAUGGUACUCUGGCGGUGGUGCGGGCGGCACGGGACAUUCCCAAGGGUGGCGAGAUAACCACCACCUACACCAAGAUCCUUUGGGGCAACCUCACCAGGAACAUCUUUCUCAAGAUGACGAAACACUUUACCUGCGACUGUGUCCGGUGUAAUGAUAAUACAGAGAAUGGAACCUACUUGUCGGCGCUGUUCUGCCGGGAGCAGGGCUGCCGUGGCCUGGUGAUUCCCGUCCAGACCCGGACCCUGCAGCCGGACUGGAAGUGCAUCACCUGCAACAACGUCUUUCCGCACUCGAAGAUGGCCCGAUACCAGGACUUUGCCCUGAACACGAUCAACAACCGGAUCAAUACCAGCAGUGUCCGGGACAUGAUCCACUUCAUCAACGACCUGUGUCCGCGCUUCUGUCCCCCCUCGAACUAUGUCCUGAUCGAGGCCAAGCUGAAUGUCAUCUGGCGGAUGACGCGCUUCGAUCCGGAGCAGUACACGCCGGAGGAGGUGGCCCACAAGGAUCGCUACCGGGAGGACAUCCUGGCCAUUCUCCACAAACUCGGGGCUGGCGAGUGCACUCUCAAGAAACUCAUCACCGGGGAGAUCCAGUGACGAGCCUGUGCCCUCCACUUGUGAAUAAUAUAAAUAAAUACAAUUUUUUUUCAAUUUUUUUAUGUGAGUGAGUGAGUGUUGUCGUUUGAGUGAAAGUGAGUGUUCUUGUUAUUCUAUUUUUAAUUAAGGGAAUACCAAAAAUAAAUAUCUUAAUGUAUGUACCUAAAAAA